AUGGAGCAAACUUUUUACACACCAAUACUAGCAGCAACAGUGAACGGUGUCAUUGAAAUGGUAGAGAAAAUCCUGCAAGAAUUUCCUAUGACCAUUCAUGACUGGGACAGCACACGGAAGAACAUAGUGCUGGUAGCAGUUGAGUCUAGACAAUCCCAUAUAUACGACUUCUUACUUAGAAGGAGGAGUGAUGUUGUUGAUAAAGACCUUGCAUUUCAUGAGAGGGAUGAGAAAGGAAAUUCCGCAUUGCAUAUAGCUGCAGGGCUACAAAAUUCUCGAGGCUGGUUUAUCCCCACCAGCAUGUUGCAACUGCAGUGGGAAGUCAAAUGGUUUGAGUAUGUGAAGAACACCUUGCCACCAGAUUUCUGUAUUGGUACAAAUAUCUAUCGAAAGACCGCACUGCAGAUCUUUACAGAAACACAUGGACAACUCCUUGACAAAAGCAAAGAAUGGCUCAACAACACAUGCAAUUCUUGCUCUUUCAUCGCAGCUCUUAUAUCAACCGUCGCCUUUGCCUCAUCAGCCACUGUACCAGGCGGGGUCGACCAAGACACUGGCGAGCCAAUUUUCCAACACCAUUUGGCUUUUAGAUUUUUUGCAAUUUCAUCACUGGUUGCACUUUGCUCUUCUUUCAUCUCUUUGCUCUUUUUUUUUGCCAUUCUUACUUCCAAGUACGACUAUAAAGACUUUAGUUACAACUUGCCUUGGAAUAUUAUACUAGGUUUAACCUCUCUCUUUGUAUCCAUGGCGGCCAUGUUAGUAUGUUUCUGCUCUGGGCACUUCUUAAUGCUUGAUGAUCAUUUGAAAUAUCCUGCUAUCCCGGUAUAUGCACUCACCCUCUGGGCAGUCACAUACUUUGCUCUCCAACAGUCCUCAUCAUAUUUUAUUCUUCUGAGGGCCACAUUUAAGAAGGUGCCUCAGCGUAUGUACCCGCAGGAUCCAUUAUAG